AUCAAUCUGAGUCCUCCGAGCGACCAUAUCGUUCCGCUCCAGCUUUUCCCUGAGCGAAUUCCGGAAAUCCGGGUUCGGAUCAGGCAAAAACUCCGGGUAAACGUGCCUGUACUCUAAAACUUGCUUUCUGAGCACGUCUUUGGGCUUUUCAUUGUUCUGAGUCAGCGCUGUCUGAGCCGAAACUGUUCUGAGGCAUUUCGCUGAUUUACUGAGCCACUUGCUACGCGAUAUUAACGAUAACAUUGCAUUUAGUUAUAAAUAAUUAGGAAAUGUUUAUAAAAUUAAUGAUUUAAAAUAAUUGAGGUUAUUUUUCUAAUGGUACGAUCCGUUUAGCUAAGAUCAUCAGCUGAUAUACUUUAUCCUUUUUCAAUCGUGUGCAUUAAAAAGAGAUAAAAAAUAAAUUACUACAUCGUUGCCCUGACAGAAAGUUUCCUAACCUCACUUUUUGUUUACCCCUUUUCCUAAGUAUUUAGUGCCUUUUUUAAAUAAAUUAUGGACCUAAAUAAUAUAAAACAGUACGCUAAAGAGGCCGACGAAGCUGAAAUCCAAGUGAACCUUUUAAAACAGCAACUGGAAAUCCUGAAAGCUGGCACAGCUACAGAUCCAGAAUUGACGAAGCUGCAAGCUGAAAACACUAAGCUAAAGCAUCGAUUAGCCAUAUUAAAUAAGGCUAUAAUGGCCCAAAGUGAGGAAAAAGGGCUGCAAAGCAUCCUAAAAACCCUCCACAAUCUAUUUGCAAGGGCUAUUACCAAUGCCUGCCCUGACAUCCCUGAGGCCCCAAUAGAUAUAGCUUUGUCUGCAAAAUUUGGCGAUUACCAAUGCAAUUCUGCAAUGCCAAUUGCAAACCUAUACAAGCAACUUGGCAAAAAAAUCUCUCCAAGAGAAAUUAGCACAAAAAUCCUAGAAAACCUGCCUGCAAACAAUCUAAUAGAAAAACUAGAAAUAGCCGGGCCAGGUUUUAUAAACAUCUUCCUCAAAAAACAAUUCGUUUUGCAAGCAAUCUCGUCUAUUUUCAAUGAAGGUGUCCAGCCCCCUGCCCUCAAACAAAAAAAGAAAAUCCUUGUAGAUUUCUCAUCCCCAAACAUUGCCAAGGAAAUGCAUGUAGGCCAUCUAAGAUCAACAAUAAUAGGCGAAAGUGUUUGUCGCCUUUUAGAGUACUUAGGCCAUGAAGUACUUAGAAUCAACCAUGUUGGGGAUUGGGGUACGCAAUUUGGUAUGUUACUAGCCCAUCUUCAAGACAAAUUUCCUGAUUAUACCAUUAAAUCUCCCCCCAUAAGCGAUCUGCAAGGGUUCUAUAAGGAAUCAAAAAAACGGUUUGAUGAAGAUGAGGAUUUCAAAAAAAGGGCUUAUGCUUGUGUGGUCAAACUGCAAUCUUUUGAUAAGGAUCAUAUUAAGGGCUGGAAGUUGAUUUGUGAUGUUUCAAGGAAGGAAUUUCAGAAGAUUUAUGAUAGGUUGGACAUUAAGGUUACUGAAAGGGGCGAGUCGUUUUAUCAAACUCGUAUGGAGAAAAUUGUUAAGGAGCUGAAAGCUGGAGGGUAUUUGGAGGAGGAUGAGGGAAGGAAAAUUAUGUGGGGUGAUUAUGGAAAUGUCCCUUUAACCAUCAUAAAGUCAGAUGGUGGCUUUACCUAUGACACUUCUGAUAUGGCUGCUAUUAAGCAUCGUCUAGAAGAAGAAAAAGUUGAUUGGAUUAUUUACGUCACUGAUGGAGGACAAGCUACGCAUUUCUAUACUUUGUUUGGUUGCGCUAGGAAAGCUGGAAUCCUCAACGAACAAAUACACAGGGUGGACCACGUAGGUUUCGGUGUAGUAUUGGGCGAGGAUAAAAAAAAAUUCAAAACCCGAUCAGGUGACACUGUCCGCCUAAUUGACUUACUAGACGAAGGCCUCAAACGUUCCUUGGACAAACUAAAAGAAAAAGAACGCGAUAAGGUUUUGACAUCCCAGGAGCUGCAAAAGGCCCAAGAAUCCAUUGCUUAUGGUUGCAUCAAAUACUCAGACUUAUCACACAAUAGGAACCACGAAUAUGUUUUUUCUUUUGAUAAAAUGCUUGAGGAUAAAGGCAAUACUGCGGUGUAUCUUUUGUAUGCGUUUACCCGUAUAAGAUCGAUUGCAAGGAAUGCUAAUUUUACUAGUGAACAGCUUAAAGAAUUAGCAAAAACAAACAAGAUUUCUUUGGAGCAUGAAAAAGAGUGGAAACUAGCCAAAGUCCUAGUGCGAUUCUCAGACGUUUUACUUAAAAUCACUGAGGAUCUUUGCUUGCAUCACUUGUGCGAGUACGUCUAUGAAAUCGCCACUACUUUUACGGAAUUCUAUGAUGCUUGUUAUUGUAUUGAAAAGGAUUCUUCGGGGGAUGUUGUUAAAAUACAUGUUGGCAGGAUUUUGCUUGCUGAGGCUGCUGCUAUGAUUAUGGAGCGGUGUUUUGAUAUUUUAGGGCUCAAACCUGUUUCGAAAAUGUGAAUAAAUGAUGUUUGAUGUA